AUGUGGCCGAACAGCCUGGGCUGCGGCGGGGGCGGCGGGGGCGCUGGCGCGGCAACCGAGUUGGGGGGCCUGGCAGCGGCCGCCGCGGCAGCCUCGAGCAGCUCGGCGAGCGACAUAUUCGGACCCGCGGGCUUCGGACCGGCCGGCGCCGGGCAUUACGGGCCGCUCAAGUCGAGCCCGUACGCCGUCAGUGCCCUCGGUAUGCCGCCCAUCGAGGCCCUACACUCGAGCAUCGGUUACCCCGGCUGCGCACCCGCCGGUGACUCCUACUACUGUAAUCCACGCAAGCAGCGCAGGGAAAGGACGACCUUCACCCGGGCCCAGCUCGACAUACUCGAGAGCCUGUUCGGGAAGACGAGGUACCCGGACAUCUUCAUGCGCGAGGAGGUGGCCUUGAAGAUCAAUUUGCCCGAGUCGCGCGUACAGGUUUGGUUUAAAAAUCGCCGGGCAAAGUGCAGGCAGCAGCAAAAGCAGCAGCAACAGCAGCAGCAGCAGCAGGACAAGUCGCCGAGGGUUAAGAACAAGGUGUGCACGAGCAGCCCGGCGCAGAGCGGGAACCCACCGCCCGGCAAGAGUCCCUCGAUAGCAACGGCGCCGACGGCAGGCCUGGCUACCGCGCCCGCCACCACCCCACUAAGCGCAGGCACGGCCGGCUCGGCGGCGAACUCGCCGGCGGCCCUCCUGCGGGACUCGCCCCAUCAGUACAAGCCGGGGGGCGGUGGCGCCGCGACUACCAGCAGCCUCCUCUUGGCGGCGAGCACGACGCCACCCAGCCUGGGAGGCACGGUGUACAGCAGCGGCGGCAGCAGCAGCAGCAUCUGGAGUCCAGCGGUGACGGAGAGCGGUGCAGCGGGGGCCAACGGCGGGGGCCCGAUCUCCGCGGGCUUCAACGCCGAGCACCAGCGACUUGCCGCCUGGGCGACCACCAGCAGCCAACAGCAGUGCUACCAGAACUACACGUCCUACUACAGCAACAUGGACUACCUGUCGCCCUCGGGCCACCAGCUCAACGUCGUGAGCGUGGGCGCCAACGGUUUGGACAACGCCUGGCCGAGGACGAGGGACGAGAGCGCCUCGUGGUUCUACAACAGCGCGGGCUGGGGCGAGCGCAAGUGAUAAGCUGCCGCGCCCAACAAUUACAAUCAUCCUCUUUCGCGUCGGUUUUUAAUUUUAUUUUAUUUUUUUUGUUUAUCACCACGACACUACCACUACGGCUGCACAGUUGUACGUGCAACGAAGAAGCGUCGUCGUCGACUCCUCGCGAUAUUGUAAGCGAGCGCGGCGGCCGAUCUGUAUCUGCGACUAGUCAUUAUAAUUUUUUUUUUUUUUUAUCCAUCAGCCCACUGCGAGUGACGAAAAUACCUACGAAGAAAAAAAAAGGAAGAAGAUUAGUUGGGAGGAGAGAAGGAGAAGAAGAAGCAGCUUUGGGCCACGUUAUUAUGCCGACGAGUUUCGGGGAGAGGACGCGUCGAAUUGGGAAGAAAUGAAAAAAAAAAAAAAAAAAAGGAGCGAUACUCUGCUCCUCGCCGCAGCACAGAAGCCGUCGGUUUAUAUAUAAUAUACGUAUGUGUGUACCCAACGCGUAUAGCAUAUUAUAAUAUGAUCGAGAAGAGAGAAAAUGGCCAUGUAAAUAGUUGGGCGAUGCGUCAUACUGUAACGAUACAGGAUCUGUAUAAGCGAAUUUCGUGUACAUAAAAUCUACGGAUAAACUGCAAAUACGAUCAUUCAAGUGAAAAACAAAAAAAUUGUAAGUCAAAUUUUAAUAAAUAAAUAUACAUAUAUAUAGAUAGAUGAUACGUGUAGGUAUAUAGUCGACGCAACGUCGGUGGACAUUUAUUGAAACACAGACACGACACAUCGAAGGGCAAACUUGUAAAUAUGUAGUGCUACGUUAUUAAAAUAAUUAUUAUGUAAUAGUAAAAGUAACAAAAAAAAAUAAAAUUAAAAAAAAACCCCUCACAAUAAUCGUAAUAAUAACGAUACCCAGGGCGAGAUUCGUUAAAUUUGGGUACAUCGAAAAACACCCGCCCUUCCCCGCCCCUUGCGAACGUCGCUAAAGAUAUAAAAAAAAUGGAAAAGCUAUAAACCUCUCGAUCGACAUAUCAAUGAUUAUCAACUGGCAAUCAGAGACUGGCGCACUUCUCCUGUACUCGCGGCCAAAGUGUGAUGGAUCUCCACAUGUAUAUGUUAUACAAUCGCGAGCGCGGGUCUCCAAGUAGGUGUACAUGUUGACGUAUUUAUAUACGCGUACCUAUUGUACUAUGCGUUGUAUAUUGGGUAUGAUGAAGCCUGCAAUGAUGGUGAUUUUCAGGGGAAAACUCGACGGUCGGGGGGGGGAGUGCGUCUGCGUGAAUUUUAAGGUGUUUUUCCUCCCGCUGAAAUGAGUUUGCCGAAAGUGCGCGCGAGGGAACUACGCGUUUUUGUUUCUUCAUAACUAUUUGUAUGUUUGUGUGCGUCGAGUAUACAGAAUUUGAGCGAUUGCGAGCUUUAGUUUAGAUAUAUACUUAUAUAUAUAUAUAUACAAAAAUUGCGGUAUAGGUGAUGAUGUUUGAAAAAGACUGUGUGCAUAUGAAUCGAAGAGGAGAAAACGGAUUAUACAUAAAGCGUAUAAAUAUGCAUAUACAUAUACACACACACGCAAUUAUACAGGCGAUGGUCAUUCAGUACCGAGAUCUUUUAGAGUUGUAAGUAAAACGUGACUGUUUAGAUUGUGAUUUUGCGAGAUAAGGACAAAAAAAAAAAAAAAAAAUUCUACGUAAAAGAAACAAACGAAACAAAAAAUAUCAGUAAUAUUAAUCAUCAAGCGAUACUGGAUCCGGCGAGAAGCUGAA